UUUAAAGUACUUCUUUAAGCCUUUUUUUCAUGCUCUGUUAACAUGAACACUUUUCUACUGUAUAUGCUUCAUUUCUUUAUAGGAUAAAGAAUUGAAAAAGAACUGCUUUAAAGGAUACUGAAAGUUCGUUUCUAAAAUGUUUCGUUUCGGGCUUGUAGUGGUGUUAUUAAUAUAUGGAAUAAACGUUUGUAUCACAACACAUCAGGAUUGCACUAAAACUGGUUACAAUUUACCCGUUGAAAAGAGCUGUAAAGCAGACGACCAUGUCAAGACGCUAGGUCUUCAGCCGCUUGUGGAAGGCGGUUUUUACAGGGAGACCUAUAAAUCAGAACAUCUGUCAGUUAUUUAUUUCCUUCUCCCAUUUGAAACUUUCUCCGCAUGGCAUCGAGUUCGCCAUUCCGAUGAAGUGUGGAGUUUCCACGAUGGAUGUCCACUGGCAAUGCAUUUUAUUUACGUGAAUGAAACAUAUGAACGUAUUGAACUUGGCUCCGAUCGUUUCAGUGUUUCAAUACCAAAGGAUACAUGGCAAGCCGCAGAAACCAUCGGAGAUUGUCAUUCAUUGGUUGGCAAUGUAGUUGCCCCGCCGUUUAUAUGGCAGAAUUUCGAAAUGCCGCCUCUUGAUGAAUUAUUGAAACAGUUUCCAAAGCAUGAAGAAAUUCUCAGACGAUUUACAAGACAAUAACGACAAAUCCAUUUUUAAAAUCAUGGAUACACCAAUUGCUGUUUAAGUUUGUGGAUGACCGUUCUUAAUUAAAGUACUAUUUGCCUUGUAUACACGGAUGUGUUUACCUCAAGUUGUGCUGCUAGCAGCUGAAUGAUAUACUCGCAGAAAAAGGACCAUUCGACUAACCGCAACUAAAUAUACUUAAGUCCUCAACAUUUCCAAUGUGAAAUCCUGGACUGUAUUACGUGAAUAAUUGUCACACAAAAUAAAUAGUUCUAUACGCCGGAAAACACAUUUUAUUCAAUAUAAACCAUUUAAUCGAGUCAUAGAUAUGAUGGAGCAGAUAGGCUUUAAAAAGCCUAUACUAUAUAGUUUUUGAAGAUGUUAGUGGUGUAUCAUUGUAGAAAAUGCAUGUAUUCUAUAAUCUUGAAUACUUGUUAAAGGUUUAUCAUGGUUGAAACAUAUUUCAUCAUUAUGUGUUUGAAGAUUUUACACUAUUAGUUUUACUUUUACUUUUUACGUUUUUACUUUUGAAGACUUUUUUAAAUAAAACAUGAAUAUAGAAUAAAUUUUCAUAUAACCAAAGCCUGAACCCGUAAGUAUAUUUUACCGUUAAGCCUGUUCAGGAACAACUCUGACAUACAUGACUAUGGCUAUAUUUUCUUGCGAAAACGUACUGAUGUAACGCUCGGCAAAACAAUGUUACACACGCAAACAGUAACAGAAUGACUCUUAUAUUAUUUUUUCAGCUUUCUCCAUUUUCGUUUCCUUGUGUUACAUUAACGGAUAAGACAUGUACAUUUCCAAAUAUGAAUCACACAAAUCUUAUUCAAGUAAAUUCAAGAAAAUUAUAAAGAAUGGCAGAAAACAAAAUUUAUAUGUUUCAGGUACUGAUGUACUGGUUUGAGGUACCUUUAUCAAACAUAAUAAUGUUUAUUACUCGCAUCUUCCUGUUGAUUUAAGAAAACAUUACAUGCCUUUCUUUAUUCGAUGCUUGGUCAUUCUUGUGAUUUAUGAAAGGAAUAAUCUAUAUAAACUUGAUACCGUUUUCAGCCCUUCUUUUGAAAACUCGCAUUUUAGAUUUGAAAAUAAGUACAUGCUAAAUUUUUACCACAUAUCAAAAUGAAAUUAGCAAUAAGUGAGCAAGGCAUUGAACAUGUUAAAGUACAUAGUUUGCUUUAAUAGAUCGGUCCUGUUUCGGUCGAAUGUAUUUUACAACCUAAAACUGUGUUGCGACAUAUUUCAUUUCAAAAUGUCAGGAUAACAUGUUCUCAUUAAUGUUUAUGUAAACGUAUGAAGAGUACAUAGUAUUAAGUAGAUCAAUUCCAAGUCAGUCGACCGUGUUUUAUAACCAGGGUAAGGAUGUCAUUAAACUGGGUGAUAUAAUUGUAUUGCGGCCUAUUUCAGUCGAAUAUGACCGAAUUUUACGAUAAUGAUAAUAUUAUAAUCAGUUCUUAAGCUUUUUUUUUUCAGAUAAAAAUGUUUAAUGUAGCUAUUGAUUUGGAAUCUGAACUUAAUGUCAGACAUAGAUGUAGCAACCGUAUUUGGAUUUAAAGAUGAUUUGACAUACGGCUGUAUUGUCAUAUCUUAAACAUCAUCAAGACUGCUUACACUGAACAGGAACUGACUACUCAGUGUAAUAUGUGAAGUUGUCCAAAAUUUUCUUCCAUAUUGUUGAUGAAAAUAGUUUAAUCGCUUUUAAAUUUCCAGCGUUUAUUUUAUAUAUAUUUUUUUUUGUUCAUUAAGAAAAUUGUUAUAUACGACUAAAUGUUAAACAGAAAUUUUCAUGACAGCAUUUUCAGAGGGUGUUGUUUUUCAAAACAGUUUGUUUUUGUUAUAUUGAACAUAACAUCUCAUGAUUUUAUUUUUACUUUCGAAAAAAAAAAAGAAAUAUUAUACUAACUGGCACUAUAUGCUUUUUAUAUCAUUGAAAUG